CGCGCAGGCGCGCGCGGGCGCUCGGUGAGGUGCGCGCGGUGCCGCGGGUGCCCUCGCGCCCCUCCGGUGCCGCCGCGCGCGCGAUGAACUGGCUGUUCCCGCUAGCCAAGGGCGGCGCCGCCUCCGCCUCCGCCGCGCCGCCCGCGCGCACCGGCCUCCAGCAGCAGCGGCAGCGCCAGGUCGAGUCCCUGCGCGCCGCGCACGCCUCCAUUGCAGAAAUACAGAAAGAUGUGGAAUAUCGGCUGCCAUUCACUGUAAACAACUUGACAAUUAACAUUAACAUUUUGCUUCCACCUCAGUUUCCUCAGGAAAAGCCAGUCAUCAGUGUUUUCCCACCUGUGAGACAUCAUUUAGUGGACAAGCAGGGGGUAUAUGUGACCGGUCCAUUAAUAAGUAAUUUUACAAUGCAUUCAGAUCUUGGAAAAAUUAUUCAGAGUUUACUGGAUGAGUUUUGGAAGAAUCCUCCGGUUCUAGCUCCUAGCUCAACAUCAUUUCCAUACCUUUUCAACAAACCAGCUGGAAUGCCUCCUUUUGCUCCUCAGGGGUUUCCAUUUCUCCCUCCAUAUCCACCUCAAGAAACAAACAGAACAAUGGCACCCAUGCCCAUUUCUGAAUCAGUUUCUUCAAACUACACUACGGACAAGCCUGCUGCUCCCUCGUAUGGCUUGAUUGCUGAUCUGCCGCUGCCUGUUCCCACAGCAGAAGCGGUGCUGCAGGUUGGCCAGAACGGAUUUACAUACAAGAUGCCUGAUGUUCCUGAUACUUUUCCAGAACUCUCAGAACUAAGUAUAUCACAGCUAACCAGUAUGAAUGAGCAAGAGGAGGUGUUACUGGAACAGUUUGUGACUCUUCCGCAGCUGAAGCAAGUCAUUACUGAUAGAGAUGAGUUAGUGAAAAGCAUUGAAGAGCUGGCAAAAAAAAACUUGUUGCUGGAGCCUAGUCUUGAAGCAAAAAGACAGACAGUGUUGGAUAAAUAUGAGCAACUCACGCAAAUGAAAGCAGCCUUUGAAAAAAAGAUGCAAAGACAGCAUGAACUUAAUGAGAGUUGCAGUCCAAGUGCUCUGCAGGCCAGACUUAAAGUUGCUGCUCAUGAAGCUGAAGAGGAGUCUGAUACUAUUGCAGAAGACUUCUUGGAAGGCAAAACAGAGAUAGAUGACUUUCUUAGUAGUUUCAUGGAAAAGAGAACGCUCUGCCACUGCAGACGAGCCAAAGAGGAGAAACUUCAACAGGCAAUAGCCAUGCACAGCCAAUUUCAUGCUCCGCUAUAGACUUCCUGCAAACUACACCUGCCAAGAGAACGAAUGAAAACCCCAAUAAAGCACACUUUUUAAUAACUAUUAUUUGCAAAUAAGCAUUUCAUCUUAUCUGGUUGUAUUUAUGGAAGAGAUUGUAUACAGAGUUGGGAUGGUUUUUGUACAAAUUAGAACGUCUCUUUAUAUUCUCAUUGUACUCAAGAAUCCUUCUAUUGCAAUCUUUGCAUUAAUUUCUUGUAUUUAUCGUUGAUAGUUAAAAUAUUUAAGUUCCCUGCUGCUAUACUCCAUUGUUCAGAGAUUAAAUAUCUAAACAUGUAAUUUUGACUAGCUUUUUACAUUUUUAUAAAAACAUAAUUCAUAUCUUUUGUAUUUUGAAUUUUAACCAUAGAUUUGGCUUAAUCUGUGGAAGACUUUAAGUGAUAGGACUCUGAAAACUAAAAAAAUUCUUAAUGGAGAUUGCCACUGGAUUCACAAGCUGUCUUUUCUUGAAGCCAAAAUAUUAAAGAACAAGUUUUUUUACUUCUAAGUAAUAAUAGAAAGCUAAGUAUUAGCUUGUAUUGUGUUUUGGAUGAGUAGAUUGGGGAUUAAGCAAAGGAUGUGUUGGAAAAAAAUUAUACUGGAAUCAAAAUAGAAUAAAUGAUAUCUGCAUAGGUUUGGUAUGUUGCUUAGUAGCACUGAUGCACUGAUUUCAAGAGUGGUUUGGUACCUACCACUGAUUAAACACAAUUUUCAUCUAACAAGUUCAUUUUCUUUUCUUUUGUUCAUAAAGGAAUAAUAAGCAGGUCACCUUCCUGUUUCUUUUUAUGCAAUAUAAAGAAGUUCAUCAUGUGAGGAACUCAGAAACGCUCCAAAAAAACUAGUUCUGAAGUUCUUUGGAAAACGGUUAUUUUUUUCUAAUGUUAAGAAACAAAGAAACUAAUUUGGUUGGAGUUGCACGGUGUCAUAUGAUAAGGCAAGUGAUCAGAUUCGGAAGUGAAACUCAAUUCUGUGCUUUAAUCAAUGAAUCUUGCCUCUGGUAAGCUGACAGUCUGGGGAUGGGGUAUAUCUGGUGAGAAUGGGUAGGACUAAAUGCAGUGUUCUGUAGGAAGAAAAUACAGGUCCUAAAUAUGCAUGUAUUUUCUCUCUUGCUAUUGCAAGAAGACACAUUCUUUUUCUUAACCUUCUCAAUGCAUCAGGUUUUCAUGGAGACAGUCAAGGAGGAAGAAGGAGGAGUAGAAGGAAUGGUACAGUUUUGAGAGUUGUAAGUAGGCUAAAGUGCUGAUUAAGUAAUGUAUCAGAAAUCCUGCUUCUUUCUUGUCAGGAAGCAGUCUGGAGAUAAACCUCUUAGCAAGACUCCACCUGUGUGUUACCUAGAUAGGAUCACAGAACAUGGCAGGUUCAAAUCUCAGACCACAGUCCAAGCAUGUGCUUUUCUGUGUCACUGAUCCUCAGUCCUAAACUUAAUAUUCUUCCAGCAAACUGUGAUAUUUCUUCUGAAUGGAGAAAAGUGAUUAAGGAAAAUCAUGUAAGUGCAAAAAGUCUGUUCUACAGGCUAGUGGGUCUUCAGUCUCAGCCCUGCCAUUCGUUACACUUGUGCGAUUGUCCUAAGCUGUUCCUUCUCAGGCUAAGUAAACUAUUCACUGGUAUUUUAUAGGACAUAUUUUAAAGCUGAUCCAAAUUCUGAGAUUAGAUGUCCCAAGAAAAUAGAUCUGUGGUCCAAAUCCAAGAUACUUCGAUGUCUGAAAAAAAUCAGCACUUUAUAAAUGGAAUGCUUAAGCAAUAAUUUUAGAGGUUCUUAUUCCAUGUGCUGCCUGUAUAUUGACACAGCACUCCUGCUUAUGUGCUAACUAAAGCCUUAGCUUAUGUAAACAUCUAAGUGGUUCUGAACUUGUGUCUAUGAGUAGUGUGAUUUCUGCAGCUCUGGAGAAGAGUUAGGUGUAAGUCAUCACUGUAACCUUCUUGGCAAAAUCCCAUCUAAUUCUGUGCUGAAUUGUUGUUUCUGAUCUCUUUCUGAUGAUCUAGUUAACUCUCAAGACUACACACAAUUCUGUGCAGAGCUGUUUUUUUUGUUCUUGUUUCUUGUGAACAGAAAAAGGCAUGGAUGACCAGAUAUCUGGUGUUCUUGCUGUAUUGGGGUAGUAUCUUUAUACAUUUUAUAACAGGACAGGAGGACAGGCUUCUGUUCUCAUCUGCCAGGUGUUACUGUGCUCUGCUGUCACUGAACACUUUAGCCAGGUCACCCUCAGGGGAUUUGUAGUACAGGUUCUGAACUCUUCAGCUUUUCAUCUUAUGUUACUUUAGUGAGCAAAUUUUCAAAUUAGGAACUUCUCCAUGGAGUCUUUCUGAUGGUAGUGGAGUAGAAUCUCCAAGAAAAUGUCACUGUUUAAUGCAAGUUCAGUGUUGGUUAUUCAGGGAUUUCAAAGUUAAGUUCUUUUUUCUCCCUUUUAUUCUCUGAUGUCAUUGUUACUAUUAUUUGGAUUUUCCCCCUUAUUUUUAGCCCCUUCUGCAGUCACAAACCCAUCCUCUAGAAAAGAAGCACAGAAGUCUCUGUAUUCAAUGGUGAUGUAUACUGGAUUAGCUGCAAGAAUGCUGUCACAUCCAAGAAUGUCCAGCCUGUUUAUGGUCUUUAAGGGUCUACCUGAUGCUGGUUGGGGUAGUUUUUGAGGAUUUUUUGUUGUUGUUUUGUUUUUCUUUUGUUUUAGUCCUACAUUGGUUGUGCCUUCCCUGGUCUACUUUCACCAGAAGACUAGGUAGAACACUGAUAACACUCUAUCAGAGUCAGAGUCAGGGAUUUUUGCUUUUAGCAUGCUGGUAGCUCACAGUUAAACACAUUCUUUACCUCAGUUUUUGCCAAAAUAUGAAGUGCAGGUGUAAAUCCAGUUUCCCAUGAAGUGUAAGAGAAUGACAGCUGCUGUUAGAUGCAUAUUCUAAGGGUUUUUGAAAUAUGUCAAAAGAACUUUUAAGCAAUCUGGAAUAAAAAGCUAUGUACGAUGACUUGUUUCUUGCGAGCUUUGCACAAUGUCAUGCUCAGAUGUUCUCCCAAUGGGAAAUCCAAGUCAAUGAACAAAAAAUUCAAGAGUAAGGAGAUGGCUCAGCUCUGAUGUUGCAGUUGUUAGCAGUGGGGAGUGUACAUUCUGUGUGGUAACUGCUGAUUGAGUCUGAGGUUUGCCUAAUUUUAAUACCUGAUCUUACUGCUAAAUCACAGAAUGGGUCAGGUUGGAAAGGUCCACACUGGGUCAUUUGUUCAAACCUCCCUGCUCAAGCAGGGUCAUCCUAGAAUACAUAGGACAGGAUUGUGUCCAGAUGGUUCAUGAAUAUCUCCGAUGCAGGUGACUCCACAGUCUCUCUGGACAACUGUUCCAGUGCUCAGUCAUCCACAUAGUAAAGAACCUCCUCAUAAUCAGGUGGAACUUCCUGGGCAUCAGUUUCUGCCAUUUGCCUCUUGUAUUGUUCAGCACCACAAAGAAAAGCCUGGCUCCAUCCUCUUGACACCCUUCCUUCAGAUACUUACAGACAUUGAUGGGGUCCCCUCUCAGUCUUCCCCAGCCUAAACAGGCCCAGCUCCCUCAGCCUAUUCUCUUAAGUGUGUGAUCUACUUAUCUUUGUUGCCCUCUGCUGAAAUGGCUCCAAGGAGCUCCAUGCCUUCCUUGUUCUGAGGAACCCAGAUCUAUUCUUCCCCAGGUGCAGGGCCCUGCAUUUGCUUUUGUUGUAUUUCAGAACAUUCCUCUCUGCCCAUCCCUCCACUGAGAUCCUUCUGAAGGGCUGCACAGCACUCUGGGGUAUUGGCUGCUCCUCCCAGCUUGGUGUCAUCUGAACUUGCUGAGAGGCACUAUGCCAGCCACCACUGCAAACAAGAGACUGGAAAGUGAGUUCUCAGCAGUAUGAACUAUAAUUCUGUUGUUUUUUACAUACUCCAGCAGCUUUGCCACUUAGGAAUUGGACCAAAUGUGGAAGUUAGAAAUUUUACAGUUUUAUACAUGUCCAAGGUCUAACUACUCCCUUCAAAUAAUUUUUAUAAAUUUUUAUAAAAUAGAGAUUUAAGAGAUCUUCAGGUAAAACUCAGUUAAAACUCUGGCAACAAUGUCAAGUAUCACAGCCUUAAUUAUUCUGAACAGUAAAUACUGUAAUGUGUUAAACUUACAAAUAAAGGCUUUAGGAUUUUAAUAUGUCUUGUAGUCUUAUAACUUACAUAUACAGUUGGGCAUUGCAGGACUUUUGAGUGGAUAUAGAAUUGUGUUGAGAGUGGAUGCAGUACAAUACUCAAGGACAAACAUUUUAUCUUCAUGUGCAGUGGUUUGAGCUUUUCCUGUUCAGCCAUUUAAACAGCAGUAAUUCUUGGAGCUACCUUCACUAAAAUGGGCUUUAAAAACCUGUAUUGCAUCUCUGGCUUUUGAAAAUGCCUUGUUUUAGUCAGACACCUGUAGACAUCACAUUUCCAUGCAGUAAUAAGCUAUAAAGAGAGCCUAUAUUUCAAUAACAAGGGAAUACCUCAAUAUAAAGAACUGUGUUCUUUAGUCUUCAGAAACAGAAUAAAUUUAUCUGAAUAACCUUAGCAACAGGCUUAGUCCUUGCCUGAAUUCAGUUGUUUUUCUGGUGGACCUGUAAGUUUUCAUCAGCUUCUUUACAGAAUGAUUUCUAUUAAAAGACUAGAACAUUCUAUUUUAACAUUUAAUAUUAUUGGAUUUGCUGAUUUCAGUGCUUUACUGGCAAUUUAAAUAAUAUAAGUAAAUUUGAAUGUUUAUUUUAUCUUCUUAUGCCCGCACUCUGGCAUCUCUCUGAAUUCAGGGUUUGCAGUACACUUGGCUCUAGAUCUUUGGCCUAUUUUUCUUGUGUCUUAGUACCAUCAUAAGCUGACCUACUUCAAACUCAUCCAGCACAUGUUCUUCCCUUCCCAAAUGAAUUGUCAGCAACUUACCUGUCUUUGGAGGAUUUUUCAGUCACUGUGGUGUUUACCUGUCUCUGCACUGCUGUGUAAGGGUGACCAGCCAACCUAAAAGCUGCACCCAGCUGUCAGCCUGCACUCAGAAGCAGCCCCUGGCCUUGGUUUUGUUUGUGAUCUGCUUGAGAACUCUUGUAUGCAGUUCAGGGCAGUGUCCACAGAGAAGCAUUAAGUUAGCUGGUCAACAGUGAUGGCAUUCUUACCUUCAUAGCAAAGGCUAUCCCAUUGUGUUGCUGCAGUUUUAUUGUUGGUUUGCGUCAUUAAAUGUCUUUUAUGCUGUGA